CCGUAUGAUCCCUACACGGUCUGUCCCGACUCGAGGCAUUUUUUCUCUGUGGUUCAGACAUCGGCGGCCCAGAAUCCCGCCGGCCAGCGCUAUGUUCUCGUGUGCAUGACGGCCUUCGGCCACCGCGCCCUGGCGGCCAUGCUGACCAACGACACCCAGCGGGCGGUCUAUAUGUUCCCGGUCUACCCAAUCUGGCUCGCAGAGGACAGUAUCUCCGUCGAUCAGCUCCGAUCCCCUUCCUCCCGCCUGGUUGAUGCCCUGCUGAUUGCCAGCCGCGGGGUUUUCACCAUGGACCCCUGCACGCACAACACUGGUGCGGUGUUCCGCCACUCGUUCAACCUGUACGGCUACUGGGGUGCGUGCUGCGCCGGCUGCCGU